UUGACYUCUUGUUUUCCUUUUCUAACUAAAUWAUUGUAUUUCUAAUUAUGACUUCGACAAAGAAAAUGGACUAAAAAAACGAGAACAUUAUAGARAAAGAAGAUAGUUUUCUUAAAAUGUCAAAUUUGUUUGUCAUCUUKCAAGGCUUUGUGUUUUUAUCGAUGUUCUCGUGUUUUAGCUGUAGUACAGUUAGAAGAUUACGGGAGUGCGGAGAAGGGAAAGAGAAGUAUGUCCCGAAAACAGCUCAAGAUACAACUCAACGUUUAGCGGCACUUAGAUUGCUAAUGAGGAAUGUAACGUUGACAGGGGGCAUAAAAGCAUACAUCAUCCCUUCAUCAGAUCCUCAUCAGACAGAAUAUGUAGCAGCUCAUCAUAAGCGACGGGAAUUUAUAACAGGUUUUACAGGUUCUCGAGGUACCGCCAUAGUAACCCAACAUAAAGCAGCCAUGUGGACAGACGGUAGAUAUUUCGUGCAGGCAAAUAUGGAACUGGAUUGUAACUGGACUCUAAUGAAGGAAGGUAUUAUUACAACACCAGGAUAUGGACAAUGGCUAAAAAUGAAUGUACCCCAAAACUCAACUGUAGGAGUAGAUCCUUUCUUAUUAUCAGUCUGUGAUUGGGACAGACUAGCUGCCAAACUAAAACUAGAUGGCAUUACAUUAGUACCAGUAAGACAAAACCUUGUAGAUAGAAUAUGGACCACAAGGCCAAUCGGUGGAACCGACAAAGUAUAUGUAUUGGGAUUUGAGUUUACAGGAAAAACAUGGAUAGACAAAGUAGAUGAUGUCCGUUGGGAAUUGAGUCGGAAAAACAGGACAGCUGUAGUUUUGCAGGCACUUGAUGAAAUAGCAUGUAAGUCUUAAGCAUAAUGGUGUGCUUUAUAUGAACUGCCCGGAAUCGUGUUUUAAGCUAUUAAAAUAGCUUCAAAGGAAAUUAAGACAACAUUGAGAACGUUACGAAAAAAAUAAUGAUUGUAUGAAUCUAGACUUUUAAAGGUGCUAUAGUCUACUGAUGUCCCUUUCUCGGCAGUUUUGAUCAUUAUUGAAAAUAC